UUUCAUUUAUUUACUUUCACAUCUUACGGAAACAAGAAAUACACGGAUUUAUGUUUAUUGGGCGACAAUACUUCUCUGUCGCCGUACGAGUAAAUUUGAAUAUCUCAAUUCUAUGAAUCGAUUCGUAUUGUUCGGGAUAUUUUUCAUGCUGCUUCGGUAUAGCCCACUGCAUCGGGUGUCAUAAUCGGUUUCGUUGCACUUUGAAAAUCAUCGGAUACUCCGAAGUUUGGCACGAAUAUAUAUGCAUCCGCGUUCCGAAUCGGUCUAUCGUGAAUUUAUCGCCAAAAAAAACUAGAAACUAGAAACAGACCAACCGAUGCCAACGGGCAACCGUACGAUCCGCGGAAGACAAAAGCGUGCGAAAAAACCUUCGAUCUGAGUUUUGACACACGUUUCGUAACCACUUUAUAAUCAAUGUAUACGUACGUUGAUUUUUUUAAUAAAAAUAUUCAAUUUCUUCGAACGGAAUUUUUAUAGUCUAUAUAUGUAUGUAAAGUAUUGCUAGGAUAAUGGACGAAAAAGAAAAACCGAAGCUCAGCUGCGCGGCGAAGGCGAGUCCUGGACCGGCUUAUCUGUUGCCCAGUCUUGUGGGGUACAACGGGCACGAUCCAUCAAGAUAUCGCUGCCCCGCGUUCACGAUGAGGACGCGAGUCGGCACGAAUAUUUUAGGCUUUGGACCCGGUCCCCGUUACAACAUCGAAGGACAGACGAAUUACGGCGUUCAAAAAGCCCCGGCUUACACAAUCGGAUUCCGCGAUGGCGGAAAAAUGGCCAGCUGCAGCGGCCCUGGACCAGGUGCGUACAGUCCGGAAAAAUGUCCACCGAUGAAUCAUAGCGUCAGACCGGCGGCCUUCUCUAUGAAGAGGCGAACGAACGACCACAUGUCGGGAGACGGACCGGGACCAAAAUAUCUGAUACCCUCGUGCCUGGGCCCCAAAGUUCCCGACAAAACAGCCACGGGAGCUUUUUCCAUCGCGGGUCGUCAUGGGAAAGAUCAUUGCGACGGGAGUCCGGGUCCCGCGGCGUACAAUAAUCAAAAUUACAACUUGGUCAAGCGUAAACUUCCGGCGUAUACUUUGGCUUCGAGACUCGGUUCGUUCAACGUUGGAUGCGGUCCAGGUCCUCGAUAUUACCCUCAAUAUUUCGGGGGAAAGAAUCCGCCGAAGUUUACCUUCGGCGUGAAACACAGCGAAUGCGCACCACCGGCGAUCACCGAAUUCGACGAAGAGUGACCCCGGUACGGCGAGGGCCGUGGGAUUAUUAUUUUCACAUAUUGUGAUCGUCUGUAAUUGUCCGAUGGUUUAGUAAAUUGCGCUAUAAAGCGGUCGUUUUAUUAACUGAUCUCGUCUCGUGACAUUGAAAGUUUUUUUACUUCGAACUGCGUAGACUCAUGUGAAACUGAUUAGAAUCGGAGUUAAUAGUCUCGCUAAAAUUAGAACGAACUCGCGCGUGCGGGGAUUAUUUUCUGCGAUAAGAAUUUCCGUAUCGAGUUGGAAAAAAAAAGGAGAAAGAGGGGAGGCGAACAAUAGCAGGCCGUGACCACGGAUAUGUCCAACAUUUUCAUUUAUCUUUAGGGUUAAAAAUCAACGCGGUCCGAGGAAAUGGAUUAAAAGCAAACUAAUACUUUAGACAUCAAAAUUUCACGUACAAUUGUAACAAAAUUUAUUUAUUAUCAUGCCAAAGAAAGACGAAGG